AUGGUUUGGGGUCUCUUUCCCAUUGAUCCUCUCUCAGGUGAAGAUAAAUACUAUAUCUUUGCAAAAGGGAGUUACAAGAUUGGUCGAAAAGGAUGUGAUAUAAUUAUCAAUAAGGAUAAAGGUGUAUCUAGGAUCCACGCAGAGUUAACUUUCGAUGCAACAUCUGUUUCAACCUCUCGGAAGAAGAAAUCUUCUGAAACUUCAUUUGUAAUCCGUGUUAAAGAUUGUUCAAAGUAUGGGACUUUUAUCAAAACUGACCUCGGGACGAAAGAGAAAGUUCAUGAGUUACCUAAUAAGGAGAAAAUUCUUAAAGAUGGAGAUGUUGUCACGUUUGGUACAGGUGCAGCUAAUUACAGGUUGUCUUUAAUUCCGUUGGUAUUUUACUUCUGCCCUUCAUCUGAGACCUUUAAGGUGGAUCGGUCUGUACAAGAUGCAGUUUCAUCAAUCGGUGCUCGUAUUGCUCCUGCCUUGAGUGAGGAGUGCACCCAUGUGCUUGUUGAGCCGCGUAUGGAAGUGAAUGAAGCUCUAGUCAAUGCAAUGUUAGCGAAAAAACCAAUCAUUUUGUCCAAUUGGGUUAAGCUUCUUGCAGAGAAAAGUAUCUGCAAUGAAAUUCCUGGAUACAGCCAGUACAGACCCUCAGUUAUGGUGGAAGAAGCUUUGGUGGAUGUAAUGGAACCAAACGUCCGUGAAAAAUGUCUAGAAGGAUUUACUUUUGUGUUGGAACCAACAGACACGUACAGAUUUGAGAGCAGCUUCCCGUCUUUACUGAAAGUAUGUGGCGCGGAGACUGUUGCCAUAGCAGACAUUAGCUCCAUGAGUCAGGAUUCUCAGUAUGGAGAAACUAAUCGCAUGAUAUGUGUCAUCCCAAAAAGUGCAGGAGACAAAUUUGGUCGGUUGAAGCAUCUCAGUUUAUUAUCUAGAGUGAAUGAGAUGGAUUUAAUACGCGCUAUCUUGUCUGGAAAUCUACCUUCGACUUCAUUGAUACCACCUUCCGUUGUGAUUUCAUCAUCGUGCUCUACGGAUGAGACAGUGGUAGCAGAUUCUGAUGCCGAAGAGGAAGAAGAAACAACAUCGUCUGUUCAUAUGAUCGAGGCCACUGAAAAGGCAGAAACACCAGAGAAGCCUGCUGCUAUUGUGAUAGAGGAUAGUCCUGCUACGAUAUUGGAAGAAACUAUAAAUUUGAAUGAGUUUAAAAGCGUAAACUUAUUAGCAGAUACUGAAAUUAAAGGCUACAGCGAUGAGAAGAACCCAAGUGAUAGUGUCCGUGAAGUGACAAUGCGAAGGGAUCGAAAUGAUGAGCCUGAAUGUGGGAACUCGGAGAUUAUCUACACUCAAGAUCUUAUUGUUAGGGACUUGCGAUCGAUUAGAAAUGUUCGGUCUACAGGGAAGGAAGGAGUUGUGGACUUCAAGCGAUUCAGAAAGGGAAAUGUUAUAUCCGGAAACAGCUUCAGUAGCCUAAUACCUUUUGCAAAGGAUCCAUACAAAGAGUACGAUAGCGGGGAAGUGACUGAUUUUAUGAAAGAAGAGAAGAAGAGGAAGCAAAUGGAAGCCGUUGCAGAGGACUUGUUUAACAAUGAAAAGGCUAGAAAGCGCAGAACGGCUAGAGAUCAAUCCAUUCGCGGGUUUCUUUCUUGA